AAACGGCGGUCGGAUAUGGAAGGCAGUGGAUCGGAGAUGACGACAGUGUCACGUCAUCAUUUCGGAGAUGACCCGGAACAACCGGAGUUCUCCGUUUCUAUAAUCGAGAAUAUGAAAGAAGAGUACGGGCUGUUCGUGUGGCCUUGCAGUGUAGUUCUGGCGGAGUAUGUUUGGCAGCAGAGGCUGCGGUUUGCCGGAGCCACUGUGGUUGAGCUUGGUGCUGGAACUUCCUUGCCGGGUUUGGUUGCCGCCAAAGUAGGUGCUGACGUCACUCUCACUGAUGAAUCCAGUAGACUGGAGGUGUUGAGCAACAUGAGAAGUGUUAUUGAACUUAACAAACUUCAGUGCAAUGUAGUAGGAUUGACAUGGGGAGUUUGGGAUGCAUCUAUAUUCAAUUUACACCCGAAAUUUAUUCUUGGAGCUGAUGUAUUGUAUGAUGCCAAAGCCUUCAAUGACCUCUUUGCAACUGUGGCAUAUCUGCUCCAGAAUUCACCAGGAUCAGUCUUCAUUACAACGUACCACAAUCGAAGUGGGCAUCAUCUUAUUGAAUUCUUGAUGUUCAAAUGGGGAUUGAAGUGUGUGAAGCUUCUGGACGCGUUUUCAUUUCUGCCAUCAUGCAAGUCAUCCGGGCUUAGUGGAAAUCUUCAAUUGGCAGAAAUUGUUCUAGAGAGUGAACAAAGCUGAGAUAAUGGCAUUUGCAUUUUGAUACCUAUGGUAAUACAAGCACUCUGACUUGGACUCAUGCUGCUUAUGAUUGUUGAAAUUCUGCUGCAGCAAGUUCAUUUUACUGUAAUCAUCAUCAUGUGAUCAUGUUUGUUAAGUGCGUGGCUUGUUGAACUAAAUUUGGUUGACACAGAGUUAAUGGCAUGCAUUCUCGGAAA